AUGGUUCCAAAGCAGUGGCUUCUGAGUGAAAACGGGAACAAUGACUUCCAAGUGCACCAGGGCAGCCUAGCAGGGAGCACAAAGACCAAAGCCCAGGUCCUUUCUGGAGAUUCUGAAACCAAACCUUUGAUCUUCACAUUUGUCCCAACCAUACGAAGACUACCGACUCAUACUCAGGUUGCUGAUGCCUCUAAAUAUCUUGUUAAAAUUGGUGAAGAACCAAGAGAUAAGAGCCAAGAAACAGUAAAUAGGUCUAAUUCAAAUGAAUUCUCGGACCACCUGAUUUCAAAAAGUGGGAUCCGACAGGAAAGUGAUACCCGGACGUUCGUGGGCUCUCCAGAAACCAGCCAAAAGGUUUUCCAAGGAAGAGGCCUUAAAUCGAAUCAACCAGAAACAAUGCAGCAGAGUGACCUUUUCAAAGCAGAAUAUGUCUUUAUUGUGGACUCUGAAGGCGAAGAAGAAGCCAUAUGCAGAAAGGAGGACAAACAGCCCCUGGUGGGGAAUGGUCAAAGGUUGGCAAGACCCAAGUCCCUAGCCAUAGCCCCAGGGCCUGUCAGUGCACUACAAAAACCGCAUCAUGGUGACUUCCAAGUUCCAGGACAACCUGAGCUUCCUCACAAUGCGGCCAAUCAACAAAAGCAAGCCCAGCAAUACAAGAUCAAGUCCAGCUACAAGGCCUUUGCAGCAAUCCCUACAAACACAAUACUUUUGGAACAGAAGGCACUAGAUGAACCUGCCAAGUCAGAAAGGAUCACCAAGGACAGCACAUUAGACUCGCAUCUGGAGCAUCCUUCAGAUUCUCCUUCAAGUUCCAUGCAGACAUCAUUGGGUUCUGAUGGAAACAAAAUGCCUGCAACUCUUCCGAGAGCAGCUGGUCGAGAAACAAAAUAUGCAAAUCUUGCUUCCCCAUCAUCUACAAUGGCUGUGAGUCAAUUGACAAAACCUGGAGUAAUUCGGCCAGUUUCAGUAAAAUCCAAAAUAGUAUUGAGGAAAGAAGAGGAGGAGACAUAUGAGCCAAACCCUUUCAGUAAAUACUUGGAAGAAAACAGUGGCCUCUUUGCUGGGCAGCCAAGUCAUCCAAUAGUAACAAUUCCUGAAAAUGAAGCCCUUGGUUUUAAAGAGCAAUGAUCCAAGAGCAGGAGCUAAAACCCUGGAUGUGGAAGCCUUUGAGAAGCUGGCGCUCAAUAGAUUUACAUUUUUUUUCCAGACAAAAUUCUGCCUUUAUUAACUGCAAUGUGGCAAUAGCACUCAAAAAAGUUUCCUGCAGACAUAGAACAUUGAA